AUGGCGACAAUACCGAAGAGGCAUACUUAUGGUGGAGGACCCGAGGUGCACUACACGCGGAACCCAUAUUCAGCCGCUCCUAGGAAUUCCAUGAGUAGUAGGGGUAAGAAGCACGUGACUUUUGGUCCAUAUAUUGUUGGUUCUACUCUAGGCGAAGGUGAGUUUGGGAAAGUGAAGCUAGGUUGGACGAGAACGCCAUCUACGGGUCCUGAGCAACGUCCUGCGGUCUCCAAGCAGGUGGCCAUCAAGCUUAUCAGGAGAGACACCAUAGUCAAGAACUCAGAGAAGGAGAUUAAAAUAUACAGGGAGAUCAAUGCUUUGAAACACUUGACACACCCUAAUGUAGUGAGACUCGAAGAAGUGCUACAGAAUUCAAAGUAUAUCGGAAUAGUACUGGAAUAUGCUUCUGGUGGUGAAUUCUACAAAUAUAUUCAACGGAAGAGAAGAUUGAAAGAGUCAACUGCAUGCAGACUUUUUGCUCAAUUAAUAAGUGGUGUUACAUACAUGCACUCGAAGAAUCUAGUACAUAGGGAUUUGAAGUUAGAAAACUUGCUUCUGGAUAAAAAUGAGAAUUUAGUGAUAACGGAUUUUGGUUUUGUCAACGAGUUUUUACCGGACAACGAAUACAUGAAGACAUCGUGUGGUUCUCCCUGCUACGCGGCACCUGAAUUGGUGAUAAGUACCAGACCUUAUGUUGCUAGAAAAGCAGACGUCUGGUCCUGCGGUAUCAUUUUGUAUGCAAUGUUGGCCGGAUAUCUACCGUGGGAUGACGAUUCUACAAAUCCUGAAGGAGAUGACAUCGGCAAACUUUACCAAUACAUAACGAGAACUCCACUAAAGUUUCCAGAGUAUAUCACACCGAUACCCAGAGAUUUACUAAGGAAGAUACUGGUUCCAGACCCUAAUAAGAGAGUGAAUAUGCAGUAUAUCCACAGACAUGAAUGGCUAAAACCACAUAGGCCGUUUUUGGCAGUUAGCACAUCGCAGUGGGAUAAACUUAUAAAGAAUAGUGCAAAUGUACAAUUGGAUCAUACAAAGAGAGUUAGCAGAACAUCACAACAUUUUGAAACAGAGCAGGAAAAUUCAUCCGUUAACCAACCAGUCAGGUCUGAUAUGGUGAAUAAAGCAAUGGACACGUCAAAUACCACCGAUGAUGCACAACACAGUAUACCGAACAGGCAACCUUUAGCUAACGUAUUCAUCAAUUCUAGGACCUACUCUGCAAGAUCUGCAUCAUAUGCUCCAAGACAUUCUAUGUCAGAUGAUCCAAAUGCCAUCGAAUCAGCGAGACAUGCUGUUCAAAAUAAACAUGAAAGUAAUUUGGCAACUGUGAUGGGAUCGCCCAAUAAGGAUAAGGAUGACACAACAGAAGAUAAUAACCUAGAGACUGUGGCACGUACCAGUUCACAUCACAGGAAACCCCGCCCCACGUCUUACUACCCUGUAGAUAUCAACAGAUCUGCAAACAACUUCUCUCCAAUCGUCCUAAACUUAACUAACUCAGAUGAGAAUGAUAACUCAAAGCAUCCAUACUCCACAAGCACAAGCAACAACCCAGUGGCACCAACACCACAGCGAGACCAGAGCCAAGUGGUCACUGACGAGCAUGGUUUGCAAUUGGAGAAAAACAGAGUUCGAGAACAACCGCUGACAUCAGACAAAUCACGCAUGUCGAGUCUGCGCAGCAACGCUACUGCUAAGUCUAGCGAUUCCAAGAAGAACAAGAGAUUCAGUCUUCUCUCCUUUUACACAAAUAACGGGUCCAAGACAUCCCUCCAUAAUGACUCCAAGGUGUCCGUGACUCCAUCCUCGAAAGAAGAAUCAGCCACGGUGCCACCUUCUAUACCUUCAGUAGUCCACCAUACGGACACUACGGAGAACAAGAGAAAUCACAGAGCCUCAAUGAUGGGCCCUUCAGCGGGCGGAGAUAAGUCCACUGCUAGAAGAGUCAUCGACUUCUUCAAACGGAGAAGCAUGAGAAUGUGA